GCUGAAUCCACCUCCACAAUGCCACUCUCAGGAACCCCAGCCCCCAAUAAAAAGAGGAAACCUAGCAAGCUGAUCAUGGAACUCACUGGAGGUGGACAGGAGAGCUCGGGCCUGAACCUGGGCAAGAAGAUCAGUGUCCCAAGGGAUGUGAUGUUGGAGGAGCUGUCACUGCUCACUAACCGGGGCUCUAAGAUGUUCAAACUGCGGCAGAUGCGGGUGGAGAAAUUUAUCUAUGAAAACCACCCCGAUGUCUUCUCUGACAGCUCAAUGGAUCACUUCCAGAAGUUCCUUCCCACAGUGGGGGGACAGCUGGGCACAGCUGGUGAGGGAUUCUCCUACAGCAAGGGCAGUGGUGGAGGCGAGGCAAUGGGAAGUGGCUCUGCUGGACAGUAUGGCUCUGACCAACAGCACCAUCAGGGCCCUGGAUCUGGAUCUGGAUCUGGGGGUACAGGUGGCCUGGGGGCCCAGACUGGCAGAGGAGGAGCUGAUGGAACAGCAGGGGUUGGCGAUACAGGAACAGGAGACCAGGCAGGUGGAGAAGGAAAACAUAUCACCGUGUUCAAGACCUAUAUUUCCCCAUGGGAGAGAGCCAUGGGGGUUGACCCCCAGCAAAAAGUAGAACUUGGCAUUGACCUGCUGGCUUAUGGGGCCAAAGCUGAACUCCCCCAAUAUAAGUCCUUCAACAGGACAGCAAUGCCUUAUGGAGGAUAUGAGAAGGCAUCUAAACGCAUGACCUUCCAGAUGCCCAAGUUUGACCUGGGGCCCCUGCUGAAUGAACCCUUGGUCCUCUACAACCAGAGCUUCUCCAACAGGCCUUCUUUCAAUCGAACCCCUAUUCCCUGGCUGAGCUCCGGAGAGCCUGUAGACUACAGUGUGGAUAUUGGAAUCCCCUUGGAUGGAGAAACGGAGGAGCUGUGAGGUGUUUCCUCCUCUACUUUGCACCAAGUUUCCCCUCUCUGGUUCCAAUUUGGAGAGGGAAUGCUGGGCAGGAUACCUCCGCCUCCAUACCUUUUGGGAAUGGAGGGUGAAAGGAGGGAGAAAUCUGCCUUUCCAUCUUUCACUCUGAGUCCUACUCCAAGCGUCCGUCCUCACCAACUCAGAGCUCCCCUUCCACUUGCUCUGUAUGGAACAUGCUCUUUCAUGGAAUUUGCUCUGCCACCGGUAAUGGUCAAUAAACUUCAAGGAAAUGAA